GCCUCAUCACGUACCUCCUCAUAUAACCUUUUUCAGUUUUUUCAACAAUUACCGGUUCAACCGGUUUCCAGACCACACCAACACGUGUCCUCUCCAUCGACUGUUCCAUUCCUCUACCUCUCAUUAUAUAUACACACCCCCCCUAAAUUCUCUCCCAUUUUUCAUUCCAUUCUCUUCAACACCACACAACACAAAAACUAAACAACCACCCUCAAAUAUAUUAUCUUCUUUUCUCUCCAUCUUCAAAACAUCUUCAAAAAACCUAACACAAGACCAAAACCUUGUGUUAAUUAUUCCAAAAACCUUAGCACCUUUUAAGUUUUGUUACAUUUUCUCUAUCUCUUAUAUGACAAACACAAAAAGUGCAACCAUGUUGAUAGAAAGAAAUACCAAUAAUACUAACAACAACAAACUUCAUAGACCAACUUUUGGUGCCUUUCUUCACUCCGAACCGACGUUAUUUCAUGGCUCGAACAUCGAUGACGAUCAAAACCGCAUCAGUAACGCCUCAGCCUCCACUGUGAGUCCUCGAACCUAUAGCAGCAGCAGCAACAAUAAUUCACCUAGUUACAUGAUGUCACCAUGGAACCAAUCUGCCUCACCUCUCAACAAAUCACCAUGGUUAAUGCCAUCUUCAGAAGCAAUCAAUCUCUUCCAUAAUAGCCAUCAUUACGAUAACAUCAACGACGACAGCUUCUUCCCCGAAAAUGGCCUCAUCGGAUCGCUUGUUCGCGAAGAAGGUCAUAUCUAUUCGUUAGCGGUUACCGGUGACUUAUUAUACACCGGUUCCGAUAGUAAAAAUAUAAGGGUAUGGAAAGAGCUUAAAGAUUAUACUGGUUUUAAAUCAAGCAGUGGUUUGGUUAAAACUAUUGUUAUCUCCGAUGGAAAUAUCUUCACCGGUCAUCAAGAUGGAAAAAUCAGAGUAUGGAAAGUUUCUUCAAAAAAUUCAAGAACUCAUAAGCGUAUUGGAAGUUUACCAACUUUCAAAGAUUAUGUAAAAAGUUCGAUGAAUCCGAAGAAUUAUGUGGAAGUCCGGCGACGGAGAAACGCGGUGAAGGUGAGGCAUUUUGACGCAAUUUCCAGUCUGAGUUUGGAUCAAGAUGAAGGGUUGUUGUAUUCUGGUUCUUGGGAUAAAACUCUAAAAGUUUGGCGAGUUUCUGAUUUCAAGUGUUUGGAAUCGAUUAAUGCUCAUGAUGACGCGGUGAACGCGGUGGUUUUUGCAUUUGAGAGCUAUGUUUUCACCGGCUCAGCCGACGGAACGGUGAAAAUGUGGAAGAGGGAAAUGGACGGUAAGAAAACGAAGCACGUGUUGGAUAGGGUUCUGUUGAAACAAGAAAACGCGGUGACGGCUUUAACGGUUAACUGUUCAUCGACGGUUUUAUAUUGCGGUUCGUCGGAUGGAUUGGUUAACUUCUGGGAGCGUCAACAGAAGAAUAAUCUCACUCACGGUGGCGUUUUAAAGGGACACAAACUCGCUGUCUUGUGUAUGGCAACUGCGGGGAAUCUUGUUUUUAGUGGUUCAGCCGAUAAGAAUGUUUGCGUCUGGAAGCGCGAUGAAAGUGGGACCCACUUGUGUCUUUCGGUUUUAACGGGACAUACAGGUCCCGUUAAAUGUAUUGCCAUUGAAGAACACGAGGAGGAGGUUGUCCGUGAGGAAAAUAAUCAACGGUGGAUAAUUUACACCGGAAGUUUAGAUAAGUCUGUUAAGGUAUGGCGCGUGUCUGAACAAGCGCCAGAGUUGAGAUUGUUCCAAGGUUGGACAUCUCCGAUUGCACCUCCUUAUUCUUCCCCGAGAAAAAUCAGUGUCACUACCAAUAGUAAUAGGAGCCAGUUGUAAAAAUAAAUAAAAAUGAUUUAUUUUGUAUUUAUUUUUAAAUUUGUGCAUACACAUAAUUAAUUAAUAUAAUGUAUAUUAUUUUCUUGUGGAUGUUGACAAUUAAAGUUGAAAAAAGAAUUAUUGAAUGUAUAUAACUGAUGAUAAAAGAGUAAAGGGGAAAUUGAAUGAAAUGGUAGUGGUGGGGCUGUGGAAAUGGACGGUUGAGAUUAAUAGUGACAGGAGGGUGUGGUGUACCUGAUGAAAUUGAAAGGAUUGAAAUUGAAGAUUGUUUGAUUGUGGUGUUGAAGGAGAUUGGCAGGGAUUGUUACUUAUAGCCGCCUGGCUGCCUUGAAUGGAAGGGAGUAAUAGUGGCCUUGAUUCGUUACAGGACAUUUUUAGACAUAAAUUGGUAUUGGACAAAGCUUCACUUUCUGUUAUGCUGAGAGAGCAAGAGGACAUUCAGAGUUUUGUUUUUAAUGUUGAAUGGUAACCUUAAAUUUGUGUUUUUAUUGUGGUUUUAAG